AUGGAGAAGUUCAGAUUCAAGGAUCGCAAACCACAGGCGCGCUGGGCUUUGGGGCUAGUCGCGGUGCUGGCCUUCUUGACGUGGCCGGGGAUCGAUUUGGGCUUCGGUGGUGCCUUUGUUGAUCCGUCGGAAAUACCCGUCACCUGGGACCAAAUCACCCCGUCACAAUCGCUGCACUACCACAACUGCGGAGAUGAGUUCCAAUGCGCCCGGUUGGAAGUCCCAAUGGACUAUAAUCGGACGGAUGGGAAGGGUCGCUCGUUCGUCUUGGCUGCAGUCCGAUUACCCGCUAAGGUCCCUGUCACAGAUCCAAGGUACGGGGGUGCGGUGUUGAUUAAUCCCGGUGGCCCUGGUGGUCCGGGGACUAUGCAGGCCUUUGUAUCGGGUCGCAAUCUCCAGCUCAUUGUUGAUGCGGAGCGGGACCCACGGGAUCCCGGGGGUGAAGCGGUCGAUAAAUAUUUCGAUAUUAUCGGUUUCGAUCCUCGGGGCGUGGGAUCCACCACGCCUCCGGUAAUGUGUUUUCCGGAUCCAGUCUCUCAGCGGAAUUGGGAACUGCAGGUUUCAGUCGAAGGGAUGCUGGGCAGCGGAUCGGAUUCACUGCUGCGAAACUGGCAGCGGACUGAAGCGCUGAACUCCGGUUGCUCGGUGUGGGAUAUGUCCAGCACAGACUCGGACGAGCAGAUGAUGUCUUUCCUUAAUACUCCGCUCGUCGCACGCGACAUGUUGACCAUCAUCGAGCGACACGGAGAAUGGCGUGAGAAAGAGGCUCGCAAAGUUGCGAAAGUCCACGCGUGUCAUGGCGCCGAUGAUGCCAGCACAAUGCUUGAACGCACUCGAUGGCGCCGUGGGGAAGAGCCGCUGUUAUAUUGGGGUCGCUCCUAUGGCACACUGCUAGGCACGACUUUUGCAUCCCUUUACCCGGACCGGGUCACGCGAGCCGUUCUCGACGGCGUGGUUGACAUGAUCAAAUACUACCAGGGUAUAGGACCAAACCCGAUUAACGAUGCAGAUGCCAUCUUCGAGCGCUUUGGUCAAUACUGCAACCAAGCCGGUCCUGACAGCUGUCCAUUCUAUAUAGAUGGCGGCGCGGAGGCUAUCAAAGAGGCGUACUGGGAUCUUGAGCAGCAGAUCCUCAACUUCUCUUUCCCAGUUAUGGCGUCUGCAAAUCGCGGACCCGAAGUGGUGACCUGGACAGACAUCAAGGCAAUCCAGCGUGUUGCCAUCUACCAGCCCUUGCUUGCGUUUCCCAUCUUAGCAGAUCGGAUGAGCGAGUUGGCAAAGGGAAAUGCAGUCCCGACGGCCGAUUUCAAACACGGCAGUCAUUUUGGCGCAUGUCCCUCUAACGAAUGCAGUCGUGCGGGGCCGUGGUCUCCGGCGUGUGCGACCUCACAGGACAACAUGCUUUACGCGAUGUCUGGCAUAAUGUGCUCGGAUGCGGAGUUUAUGACCACUCUCAACCAGCAGCAAUUCCAAGCGAAUUGGGCUAGCCUCAUAUCCGAUAGUGGAAGCUUGGGAGAUUACUGGGCGCAGUUACAUCUGAGCUGUGUUGGAUGGAAAGCGAAGCCCAAAUACCCAUUCAAGGGUAAGUAUCACCGUGAAAGAUUUGAUUUCUCGCUGACCGUCUCAGGGCCAUGGGGUACUACCACUGCCCACCCGAUGCUAUUUGUAUCAAACACUCUUGAUCCAGUGACUCCUCUAUACAGGUAUCUGCCCCUACCCUUUAACAUCAUCACAAGCGCUCACAGUAUUAGUGCCAAACACAUGACCCAGCUCUUCCCCGGAUCUGGGCUACUCCAGCAAGAAUCAGAAGGGCACACUACACUGACCGCGCCAUCGGUCUGUGUUGCGAAAGCCAUCCGCCACUACUUUCAGACCGGUGAUCUUCCCGAUGUCGGUACCCUCUGUCAAGCUGAUCUCAAACCAUUGGUCGGUGCCCCCAAUGAAGUCGAGGCCGUCAGUUCAAAAUUGAGCCCGGCCGACCGUAAGCUAUUUGGCGCAUUGAUGGCGGAGGUACGGCAAGGACCCGUUUUCCCCGUGUAG